AUGGACGGCUCACACUAUUCGUCUAACGUGAUGAAUGGCACAUCGAACCAGUCCUACCCUUCAUCUGCCUCGUCGACGCCACAGAAUCUCCAGCCGCAUACGCUGCCACCCCUGCAGCAGCAGCACCAGCAACACCCCCAACACCAGCAGAACAACGGCAUGAUGCAUGCGGGCAAUCCCUAUGGGAGCUACCCACACACUCCACGGACGCCCGCAACCCCAAACACCCCGGGUCCUGCCAACAUGACCGCUUACCCUCCUCCGCCGACCACUAAUGGUGGUCGAGGCUACCAGAUGAUGAGCAAUGCCUACCAGCAGCCUCAUCAGUAUGGCGCAACCUCGUCGGCAAUGCUUCCCCAGUCCUCCACCGCAAUGGCCCAUCCCCAACCCAUCGCCCCGGCACCGGCUCCAGGCUCUCGGGGUCCACCUGUGCUGCGUCCUAUGCCUGCCGGCGGCGUCAUGCCACAACCAGGGAUGUCUUCGCCUUACAGCCAGAGCCCCAUGAUGCCUCAGGCAACAAUGCUUCCCGAGACCGAGCAGCCGACCCACGUGGUUGGCUCUCAGGGCCGCCGAGGCAUUCUGCCGAGCGCCCCAGGCAGACCCGCUCCCCCAGCUGCAGGCACGGUCACCAAGAACCAGAUUCCCCAGAAGGACGCCGACGGGAAGUUCCCUUGCCCUCAUUGCACCAAAACGUACCUCCACGCAAAGCAUCUGAAGCGUCACCUUCUGAGACACACCGGCGACCGCCCAUACAUGUGUGUUUUGUGUCGCGACACGUUCUCGCGCAGCGACAUUCUCAAGCGUCACUUCCAAAAGUGCUCUAUUCGUCGUGGUAACCCGACGGGAGCCAGCCAUCUGUCGCACCCACAUGCCCAUGUCAAGAAGAAUCAGCAGGCGGCUCAGAAGCACAUGGCCGAGGCUGGUGAUAUGAGCCACAUGAACGGCAUGGGCAACGUUCAGCCUGAUGGCAUGGUUCACCCCUUCGGGCUGAUGCCUGCGGGUAGCGACGGAAUGUCCAAUGACCAGGCCCAGCUGUCUCGUUCGAACAGCAUGAACCGCAUGGACGAUGCUGCUGCUGCGGAUCAGAACCGGCGUAACGCUGCCGCUGCUGCAGCUGCUGCAGGCGCCGCCGGAAACGUCAUGGGUGCUCCUACCCGCGUCGGUAACGGCGGCCCGGGUCCCCAAGGCCCAGGUGGCUCGUAUGACCAGUCUCCUUAUAAUGGAAGUGUUCCUGGUGGUAUGAACCCGCAGCUGGCCAACUACAACAUGCCGGGUAACCAGAAUGGCAUGCCUAUGUUCACUGGCCAAAAUGCCAACCCCCAAUCGAACCUCGAUUGGUCGUCGAUGUUUCAGGCCGGUGCGCAACAUACCUACACCAGUCAAUCAUCUGUUCCCAUCUAA